AUGACGUCGCCAGCAUCCCACACGGUUCCUGUACCGAAUGGCAAGCACGAUGAAGAUCCGCCGCGUCUUACGGAGAGCCCAACGCAGGUAAUGGAGUCGGAUGAUGAGGGCGAGAAGCCAAAACCACAGGAACACACGGAAGUCACCAGUGAGGAGGAUGAAUCAGACGAAGAGGAAUCAGGCAGAGAAGAGUCGGACGGGGAUUAUGAGGAAGAGGACGAAGAAGAGGACGAGGAGCCGUCUUUGAAGUACGAACGGAUAACAGGCUCUAUUCCGGAUCUGUUCAAGAAAGAUUCAGCCUCUGCACUAGCAAUAUCCAACAGUCUCAUGGCAUUGGGCACCCAUGCAGGCAUCAUCCAUAUUCUCGACUUGACAGGAAAACGGAUCAAGUCUUACAAACCUCACAUGGCCUCUGUGAUUGAUAUUUCGUUGGACGCGACUGCAGAUUUUGUCGCGACUGCCUCAAUGGAUGGACAGGUCGUCGUGCACUCUCUUUCUUCGCCCGAGACGUAUUCAUUCGACAUGAAGCGGCCGAUGCGGACGGUUGCAAUGGAGCCUAAUUUUGCGAAGAAGGGCACGCGUGCGUUCGUAUGUGGGGGAAUGUCUGGUGCUUUGGUCCUUCGAGAGAAGGGAUGGUUGGGACACAAGGAGACGACGAUACACUCUGGUGAAGGGCCCAUCUACCAGGUCAGAUGGCGAGGACGGCUUAUUGCAUGGGCGAACGAUAAUGGUGUCAAAAUUUACGACCACGCCUCGCAGACGCGGAUAUCGUAUAUCGACCGACCGGCCGACAGUCCGCGAGCUGAUCUGUUCAAAUGCACUCUCCAUUGGCAAGAUGACUCAACCCUUCUCAUCGGUUGGGCCGACAUGAUCAAAGUCGCUCGAAUACGGGCACGCCCACGAACGAAUCCCAGCGCAGGAGCCUCCAACCUUCCUCCAUUCCUCGUCGAAGUUACCGCCGUCUUCAAACUUGACUGCAUGGUCGCCGGUGUCGUGCCUCAUCCGACACCACUAAAUCCUGCAAGUUUGGCUGUCGACGGUCUUCCUGAGUCGCUGAAGCAGGAUGGCGGCAAACGUUCUUCUACACUAACACUCACAUCCUUCCUUAUCGUCGCCUACACUCCACCAGAAGCCUUCGACGACACCGACGAGAUGACGGACGACCGGGCGCGACAAGCGCGUAAAGCCGCUGAACGACCGGAAAUGCGGAUCAUCUCACGAGCAGGCGAGGAGCUUGCCGCAGAUGCUCUGAGUAUAGCCAACUACCAGAACUGGGGGUGUAAUGACUACACGGUUGUGGAAGCGACAAGCUUGGACGACCCACACGUACCUGAGGCAGCGAGGAGUUAUGUCGUCAUGAGCCCGAGGGAUCUGGUGCGCGUCAUGCCGAGGGAUAGACGCGACCACGUUGACUGGUUAGUUGAGAGACGGCGAUAUGAAGAAGCGUUGGCUGAUGCGGAGAAGAUCGAGGCUGAGGAGAGUCUGUCUGGGGUCAAGCCAACAACUGGGGUGGAUGAGAAAGGGCGAGUCCAUUUGACGGCCCAGGAUAUUGGACAGAAAUAUAUCGAACAUCUAGUUCAUGAAGGCGACUUUGUGAAGGCGGCCAAACUAUGCCCGAAGGUUUGUGGCCAUGACGCGAAGCGUUGGGAGGACUGGAUAUUUGCCUUUGCGCAACGGAGAGAGCUCCAAGCUAUCAUACCCUACGUCCCUACCGAAAACCUUCGAUUAGAUCAUGUCGUUUACGAGAUGGUACUCGCUCAUUUCUUAACACACGACCGGCAGACUCUGUUAACGACCAUCAGGGAAUGGCCACGCGAAAUUUACGACAUCGCCGCUGUCAUCGUUGCUGUACGAGCAGAGUUAGACAAGACAACAUCUAUCUCGUCUACGAUAUCCUCAAAUGGAGGUACGUCCAUCCUCAUGGAAUGUCUCGCUGAACUAUACACAGCAAACCGGCAACCAGGCAAAGCGCUUCCUUUCUACCUCCGCCUGCGACGGCCCAAUGUGUUUGACCUCAUUCGAGAAAACAACCUGUUUACCGAUGUGCAAGACCAAGUUUUGUUACUGGUUGAGUUCGACCACGAACUGAUGGAGAAGGCAAAGAAAGAGGGCAAGGUAGAGGAGCCAGAGAGUGAAGCUAUCAAACUUUUGGUUGAUAACAUACACUCCAUUCCGAUUACGCGAGUUGUCCAGCAAUUGCAACAGCGGCCUUACUAUCUCUUCCUGUAUCUCGAUGCCCUCGUCCAUAAAGAUUCUCAGCUCGUCUCUGGUUUCGCUGACCUCCAGGUCAAAAUGUAUGCAGAGUUCGCCACACUCCGACUUAUCGACUUCCUGCGCGCCAGCAGCUCCUACAACCUGGAAAUGGCGUACCAAGUCUGUCAAGAACGCGAUCUCGUGCCCGAGAUGGUCUUCCUCCUUGGGCGGAUGGGCAACAACAAGAAGGCGCUGAUGCUCAUCAUCGAGCGGCUGGGCGACGUCCAUCGGGCUAUCGACUUUGCGAAGGAGCAGAGCGACGAUGAUUUGUGGGAGGAUUUGCUGAAGUAUUCGGAGACGCGACCAGCAUUCAUCAAGGUCCUGCUUGAGAACGUCGGCGUCGAAAUCAGUCCUAUCCGCCUCAUCCGAAGGAUCAAGAACGGUUUGGAGAUUCCAGGGCUGAAGGAGGCGUUGAUCAAGAUUCUGCAAGACUUCCAUCUACAAAUCUCUCUCCUUGAGGGAUGUCAGACGAUCUUGAACGGAGACAGCUCCGACCUAUCGAGGAAGCUGCAGCACAACCAAUCGGCAGGGUUCUUCCUCUCUUCUAGAACACCCUGCACCGUCUGUUCGAAAUCCCUGCAAGACACGCCUCAAACCCUGACGCUGCUCUUCCUCUGUCGGCACGUCGUGCAUGCCACAUGUGUGAGUGGAGGCGAGUACCUGCCCCUUCCAGUCGACCCGAUAUUGCGAACACUCGAGGGUGGAGCGUCAAGAGGUAUCAGUGGGAGCAUUGCUUUCGAAUCGAUGAUUAAGGCGAAGCUUAACCAAGGUUGCCCAGUCUGUCAUAAGAACGCACAAGGCCAACGGACGUCGUAA